AUCUAUUCCAGCGGGGAGCUUCACCACUUCAUUGACGGAUUUAACGAGGACAAGAGCAACUGGAUGCGUUAUGUAAACCCCGGCUACUCUGUUCAGGAACAGAACUUGGCUGCUUGUCAGAAUGGAAUGAACAUCUACUUCUACACCAUCAAGCCCAUCCCUGCCAACCAAGAGCUGCUUGUGUGGUAUUGCCGAGACUUCGCAGAGAGGCUGCACUAUCCCUCCUCCAGGGAGCUGACGAUGAUGAACCUCACACAAACCCACGUUAAUCCAAAGCAGCACAGUGCUGAUAAAGACGAGCUCUAUCAGAAAAGCACCCCAAAGAAGGAGCACAGUGUGAAAGAAAUCCUGAAAAUGGAAUCCAAUCCUCCAAAAGCAAAAGACUUCUUUCAGACCAACAUUUCACCAGUUACUCCAGAAAAAGAGCUGGAUGAUUUGCGUAAGAACUAUAGCCCGGAGAGGUGUUUCUUCCCUCGAGUUGUCUACCCCAUCCGACCUCACAUUCCAGAAGAGUAUCUGAAAGCUUCCUUGGCAUACGGGAUGGACAGACCCAGCUACAUUACUCACUCACCCAUCCAGACAUCUACUACACCGAGCCCUUCAGGGAGGAGCAGCCCAGACCAAAGUUUAAAAAGUUCAAGCCCUCACAGCAGUCCGGGGGUCACGGUUUCACCUCUGGCACCUACUUCCCAAGAGCACAGAGAGCCGUAUCCUUACUUGAACGGAUCAUACGGCUCAGAAGGAUUGGGGUCUUAUCCUGGAUACGCACCCCCUGGCCACCUCCCACCUGCCUUUCUGCCGUCCUAUAACCCCCACUACCCCAAAUUCCUGUUACCUCCGUUCAAUAUGAGCUGUAAUAACCUGAGCGCUUUGAACAAUAUCAAUGGCAUCAACAAUUUCAAUCUCUUCCCAAGGAUGUAUCCUCUCUAUGGCAACCUGCUCAGCGGAGGUAGCCUUUCCCACCACAUGUUGAACCCCACCACGCUCCCCAGUUCGUUGCCCAGUGAAGGAGGCCGUCGUUUGCUGCAGCCUGAUCAUCCAAGAGACUUCCUCAUACCAGCACCUAACAGUGCCUUCUCUAUCACGGGCGCCGCUGCCAGCAUGAAGGACAAGCCAUGCAGCCCAACCAGCGGGUCACCCACAGCUGGCACCGCAGCCAGCUCAGAACACAUAAUGCAACCUAAACCUACCUCAGUGGUGUUGGCUGCCACCGGCGGUGAAGAAGCCAUGAAUCUCAUUAAAAGCAAGAGGAAUGUGACCGGUUACAAAACCCUCCCUUACCCACUGAAGAAGCAGAAUGGGAAGAUUAAGUACGAAUGCAACGUUUGCUCCAAGACCUUUGGCCAGCUCUCCAAUCUUAAGGUGCAUCUGCGAGUACACAGCGGAGAGAGACCAUUUAAAUGCCAGACUUGCAACAAAGGCUUCACACAGCUGGCUCACCUCCAGAAGCACUACCUGGUACACACAGGAGAGAAACCCCACGAGUGUCAGGUACGUAGCACGCCACGGAGACGGCGCAGCACCAGCAAUCUCAAAACCCACCUGCGGCUCCACUCCGGAGAGAAGCCUUACCAGUGCAAGCUCUGCCCGGCCAAAUUCACCCAGUUUGUGCACCUCAAGCUGCACAAGCGUCUCCACACCCGGGAGCGGCCCCAUAAGUGCAUCCACUGCCACAAGAGCUACAUUCACCUCUGCAGCCUCCAGGUCCACCUGAAAGGUAACUGCCCUGUGGCCCCAGCCUCUGGCCUCUCCAUGGAGGACCUGAAUCGGAUCAACGAGGAGAUCGAGAAGUUCGACAUUAGUGACAAUGCCGACAAGUUGGAAGAAGUGGAGGACAAUAUCGACCUGACAUCAAUCGUGGAGAAGGAUAUACUGACCAUGCUCAGGAGGGAAAUGGAAGGAGCUAAUCUGAAAGUGUCUCUACAGAGGAACCUGGGAAAUGGACUUGUCUCCUCAGGAUGCAACCUUUACGAGUCGUCAGAUAUGUCAGUUAUGAAGUUGCCUCAUGGUCACCCGCUACCUCUGUUACCUGUAAAGGUCAAGCAAGAAACAGUUGAACCAAUGGACCCUUAAGACUUUUUGGCAAAGUGAUUUUUGUUUUUUUUUUAUUUAUGACUUGGCAAGUCAGGGUGCCUGUAGCAGUUGCUUGUACAUAGUUUCGAUGCUGCAAAGCAAUCUUGGCU